UUUAGUGUCUUCUGGUUGAGAUUGAAGCAAAGCGUUAUUUUUUUUUUUUUUUUAAUUACGUAGUGGUUACAAAAACAAUUUUUGUAUAAAUUUUGUAGUGUAACGAAACAAAAAUAUUCUGGAAUGGUCGCAAACUUGACUACCGACAGUGUCAUGGCACGUCAUAAGGAACAGUGAUUAAUGAACUUAAAUCACGUCCAUGUAUAAAAUGCUGCCUAAGGAAAGGUUUGAAAGAUGUCAUUAAAGAACUCCUUUUCUUCCGUAACCGUCCUUUUAAUUUGUUGGUAAUAAAAAUGUCGUUGGUAAAUAAGCAACAACAACUUCACAAUGCGAUGGUGUACGUCACAAUCCAACACAUUGUGCCAUGUUGUGCGAUGUAUAGAACUUACGAAUAAUUGAUCCCCUUUUCGUAUUCAAAUUUGAUUCCACGUCUGUUGAAUACAUUCAGAAAUACAUAGAAAAAAUGUUUGAACUUCCUUUCAUACCCAACAAUAAAAACUCUGUUUAUCCGAAAUUUCAAAAUUUUGAGCAUUGUUCGUAGAAUUGGUUUGUCAUGCGCAUUGAACGUCAUGUUAAGAAAAGGUAUAUAGAGGGUCUACUGUAAUUAUAUAAUGAAUGUAAAUCCAGAGUGAAUUUAAAAUACAUUUGGAUUUAAGAUCGAAAAGGGAGACACAUAAUCAAUCCGUGUAGUUUUAUAGUUUUGAUUACGGAAUUACGGAAACAAAAAACGAGACAUUUCACUUAAAGUAGGGAAAAAUACGUACGGAACUUCUGUUUUCAUUGUUUUAUAUAGAAGAUGUCAAACAAAGUCGGAGACUCCAAUUACUCUAAGAAAAUCAACAAAAUUAAUUUUGUGACCCCAUUCACGAAAUCCUACAGACUGAACAACAACUGGGAUCUCAAAAACGGCUACACGGUUCACCCACAGGAGUCCUAUGCUAAAAAAGAUGAUGUCCUGUACAUAGACGACAGUGCCAGCGACUAUGAGGAAGAUGUCCCAAAGAAAGCCACAGACAAACGGACAACACAGGAUCUGAGUACCUGUGUCACGGUUUUAGGGGUAUUGUGUGUUAUUUUCCUGCCGAUCAGUGCUAUUCUGGUGGCUGUUGCGGUCUCCACCCCCUAUUGGUAUGAUACGGCGGGAACACACAGUCUUGGACUAUUUCAGAGAUGCGACAAAUCGACGACUACUUGUGAAUACAUUGAUACCUACCUUUCCACUGUUUCCUCUGACAUGAACUUCACGUGGAAGCUGGUGACCGGGCUAGGUCUGUCCGGGGCGUGUCUACUACUCCUAGGGUCCCUGUUUUCCUGCUGUUACCUAGCGUGUAAAGAAAUCGACUACUCCAAAACCAGCUAUGGCAUCCUGAUCUCUGUCGUCAUCAUGUUAGGAGGGGGAUGUGCUGUUAGCGGGACUGUACUAAUGACAUCAUACUACAUCACCAAUCUACAAACGUGGUCACUUGAUUGGUCAUUCUAUCUUAAUGCCGUGGGGUCCGGAAUUUCUUUCUUAGUUUUUUGUCUCUACAUCCUUUAUGUGUUUUUGUUAACAUUCGCCGAUUGAAAAUGUUUAUCUCCAUACCAUCGUGUUCCAAGAUAUUUUAAAAGCAUUCUGUGAUACCCGACACCAUUAUGUCAGUGUUUGUGAAUAUUUAUUAUCUAAGCGCAUUCCAUGCAUGUUUUGGCAAUUUCUCUUAUGGGCUGCAAAUACAUUUGGACUCUAUUUUUCAAACUUUUAAACUGCAUUCAUUAAAUGUACAAACACAAGUGUA